CUUGGCUCCAAAUAUGAUUUCUCCUUCACGUCGGAACUUGGUGGCCGGGCUUUCUCUGUGUGUCAUCCUGUUUCUCUGUUUAGGAAUAUAUGCAGAAGCCGAAAGCAGCAGAGUGUACAUUGUGUAUUUGGGAGAGAGGCAACACGAAGAUCCCCAAGUCGUGGUGAAUUCACACCAUGACUUACUAACUACAAUUUUUGGAAGCAAGAAAGCAGCUUUGGAGUCAAUCUUGUACAGUUACAAGCAUGGGUUUUCUGGUUUUGCUGCAAGGCUUACUGAGACACAGGCAAGAGCCAUUGCAGAGCUUCCGGAAGUUGUUCACGUGACACCCAGCCAAACCCACAAGCUGCACACAACAAGAAGCUGGGACUAUCUGGGGCUUCAUCCUGGGACUCCCGACUCACUCCUUUCUACGGUCAACUAUGGAGACGGCGUCAUAAUUGGAGUCAUAGACACCGGGAUCUGGCCGGAGUCACUCAGCUUCCAUGAUGAAGGCUUAGGUGCUGUUCCAUCAAAAUGGAGAGGCAGAUGCGAGGAAGGCGAGCUCUUCAACACUUCAAACUGCAACAACAAGAUAGUUGGUGCCCGGUUCUUUGCCAAGGGAAUCAUUGCCAAACGUGGGCGUGUGCCACCGUCGCCUGGUAGUAAUAGAGAGUACCUAUCUCCAAGGGAUGCACAUGGGCACGGGACGCACACGGCCUCAACUGCGGCCGGCUCCUUUGUGCGCAAUGCAAGCUUCGGCGGCUUAGGCUUGGGGCUGGCCAGAGGGGGCGCGCCUCGAGCUCGCUUGGCCAUCUACAAGGCCUGUUGGGGACGAGGCGACUGCGAUGGAGCAGACAUGUUGGCAGCCUUCGACAGCGCAAUCAGCGACGGCGUUGACAUCAUCUCCGUCUCUGUGGGCACUAACCAACCUCCUCAGCCUGGCUACUUGGACAACCAGAACGAUCGGUCCAUCGGUGCCUUCCAUGCGGUGGCUAAAGGGAUCACGGUUGUUUGCUCCGGCGGCAAUGCCGGUCCUUUCCCGCAGAAGGUCACAAAUGGAGCACCAUGGAUCCUGACUGUGGCUGCAAGCACCAUAGAUCACUCCUUCCCUACUGCCAUCACCCUUGGCAACAACCGCACCCUCAUUGGGCAAUCGAUUUACCUUGGAGGAGAGGAUGAUCGAUUCAAUGACUUAGUCUUUGCUGGUGAUUUCGCCAGCAACAGUAACAUCUCUACCGAGAGUCUGAUCAGUUGCGAUCCAGGAUCUCUGAAUUCCACACUAGCAACGGGGAAAGUAGUCCUCUGCUUCACAUAUGCAAAAGACCCAAGUGACCAAUACUUCAAAGCAGUAGCCACCGUGUCCCAAGCAGGUGGAGCUGGUAUCAUCUUCGCAAUGCACACAACCAACCUCUUUGGUCAACGCGACCCUAUCCCUAGCGUUCAAGUGGACUAUGAAAUUGGCACUGAAAUCCUUGCCUACAUCAGGGCUACAAGACUCCCAAAAGCAAGGAUCAGCCGAACGCGUGACACCAUUGGAAAGGUGGCCUCCCCAAAGGUUGCUUACUUCUCCUCGAGAGGACCUAACUCCCUGUCACUUGAUGUCUUAAAGCCUGAUAUAGCUGCACCAGGAGUCAACAUCUUAGCUGCAUGGUCAGACUCCAUUCCAUAUUCCUUCGCCUCUGGAACGUCCAUGGCAUGCCCUCAUGUCUCAGGAGUAGCAGCAUUGCUCAAAUCCCUACAUCCCCACUGGAGUCCUGCAGCCAUAAAGUCUGCCAUUGUCACUACAGCCUCAAUAACCAAUAGAUUUGGCGAACCCAUCACAGCAGAAGGAGGUCCUCGGAAGAUUGCUGACCCAUUUGACUUUGGUGGAGGCCAUGUCAACCCCAACAGAGCAGCAAACCCUGGCUUGGUUUAUGAUAUAGGUGUCGCAGACUACGUUCAGUUCCUCUGCUCUCUAGGAUAUAGCAGUUCUGCAAUUAGCCGUUUGAGUACUAACGCACCAUCCUGUGGAUCACGAAGCUCCGUGUUUAACCUCAAUCUUCCUUCUAUCACAGUUUCCAAUCUUAAGAAUACUACCACAGUAGCCAGAACUGUUACGAACGUUGGUCCUGUUUCUUCCACUUACAGAGUCAAGGUUGAAUCUCCCUCUGGUGUGAGGGUUUCAGUGGAGCCUCAGACACUGAACUUCCAUGAGAAGGUCAAAGCUUUAACUUUCACAGUUACUUUCUCACCGGUUCGGGAGAUACAAGGUGAUUUCUCCUUCGGUAGCCUCACAUGGAUGGAUGGAAAGCACGUGGUCCGGAUUCCUCUCGUUAGCCGAGUGGUUCUUCAAGGUUCAUAUGCUGAUAUCUCCUAGUUAUAAUUACAUCUUCACACACAAAUAAACUUCCCGUUGUAAGAAAAUAAUUAGGUGGAUGUGCCUUCUUGUUGUAGUAAAUAAGACAUGAAAGACCACUUGAAUGUCAAAAAGGAAUAAUGU